AUGGGAGAAUUCGUGCUAGACCGUCUUCAUCCAUUGUUGCAACAAUUGGUGCUCUGUCAAAGAGCGAAACAAAAUGUGAAGGAGAUCGUUGCAGCCAUAAAGACUAUAAUCGAAGCAGAAUGGACCACCAAGUCGUUGCAUGAACAGGAACGGGCGGCGUGCAAGGCAGCUGUUCUCAUUGCAUUACGGGUAGGCGCUGAAUCAUCCAUAGCAACAGGGACUUGGAGCCGUGAUCGCUUGGGUUAUGCUGUCUUGGUUCAUGCAUUGUAUCGAAAAGAAGACGAAAGUGACAGUGAGUCUGCACUGCCAAGCUCUAUCAAAUUUAACCAUGUCCAUCCCCUUCUAUCUGCUCUGCUGUCGAAUCUCGGAGGUGAUUCUAAUGCUAUAUUCUCAAUUCUUCAAGCAGUUUUCGAUCUUUGCGCUGAUAUACUUCAAAAUAACAUCCUGUCGAAAGAAAUUCUUUCGCCGCAGCAUGUCGCAUUGUAUGGAAAACUGGUAUCUGUUUGUCUAGAAGUGGUUUCAGAUUCCUCAAAGGAUCAGAGGUGCAGGCAGAUAGCACUGAAUACUCUGAAAAUUGUCGUCAGUGCAUCUAAAGAAGAUAGCAGAUCUCUAUGUGUCGUUUUACCCGGGUUGGCAUCAACGUUGGCUAGUACACUUUGCAAAUCGUCCAAUGAACAUCUGGAUAUAAUCACUACUUCGUUGGAACUCUUUUCAAUGGCUGUGAGAUUCUGCUUGGCUGAUACGGUACAGGACGACAUUGAAGACCAUACACAGGGACUGAGGCCUGAGAUACGAAGUCUGCUGCUGAAAAGGGAUGAUGAAUGGAAAGCCACUUCAGCUGCAAACAUCGACAAAAUAGUACGGGCUUUGUGCUCGAAUCUGACUUCGCAUCCCGAUGAGCAAGUCCGGUUAAGACUACUAGAAACGAUUGAUUCCAUCCGAAAUGACUGUAAGAAGGCAUUUGAAGGAACGCUAGACGGUUUACUCAUGGAUCUUCUGCUAACCGUGCGAGCAACAAGCUCUCGCGAAAGUGAAAUUGCCAAUAAACUUCGAUCUGAGAAUUUGUCUGCAUAUUCACUGCAUAUGCAUGAAAAGCUACGGGAGCUUGCCGAAAGGAUACCAGUUCACGUCAGGAAAGGGACAACAGGCAGCGAACUGAUGUUUCAUCAGUUGGCUGGUGUUCUCCGGUGCCUUGAUGUAGAUGUCUCUAGACUUGCUACCAGCCGCGCUCCAUCACUACAAGCCCUCUUUUCUGCCUUAGCGACUUCGCUUCGCGUGGAUGCUCGGCGUCUUUUGAUCAGUCGCGGACAGAGUCAUACAUCUUCCAAUGACUUUUUGAAAUCUCUUCCUUUAUGCUUUGAUGUACAGAUUGCUUGGCUACUUCCCAUAUGCAAGUUACUUGCUGAGCAUGGCGGGAUUGAGGUAGUUGACAUAGCAGUCUCAGAGCUGGCGGAUUGUUCCAUGUGCGACCGAGCUUCAAUGGCGAUUCCCAUUGCUUUGAUUCUUGCCGAAUUAAAGCCACAAGAUGAUUCACAUGUCCUCUAUUUCCUCGCAGAAAUGUGUAUCGAGUGGAUUAAAGAUUUGAGACCAGAAGAGCACACUCGAGAUGAUGUUUUAGAGCAUAAAAUACCAGCUCCAAGCGAAGAGACUAUACAAUCCAUAACUUUGAUAUCGUUAUUGGCCGUUACAUUCACAUCCAUCAAAGAGGAGAGCAAACGUCGAAAGUUACUGGUGGAGUUUCUCUACGAAUUGCUUGGACUUUACGCAAUUUCUAAUUGGAUUGUGCAUGACGCUGCUGAUUGCGCUCUCAAUCAGUUUGCUACUGGGAUGUCUCUCUCUAUCUCCGAAUUUCUUUUUGAGCAUGGCUCUUAUAUCGUGCAUCAUAUCGCACUAGCAGCUAGAUCCCGUAAGGAACACGAUCAUGCCCCUGUGGUAUUUACUUCCCUUCUGGAUCGAGUAGAUGAUUCGCGAAUGUACGAGCAUGUCAGACAUAUCGUUGAAGAUCUGUUACAAGCUUUGGAUAGAUUCAAGCAGACGUACUCUAUCCUAAUACUGCGCUCUAUGCUGGCUUUCGUGACAGCUGUCGGAAGAUGGUAUCCGGAUUUGAAACCCGUGGAAGAGGAGGAAAGUUCGUCCAAAGAAGAAGAGCUGACAGAGGAGCAAGCUAUCAUGGAUACGGAGAAGAAACCUCCUCCAAUGCCCAUUCUGAGCGUAGAAGCGGUUUUGACUAGGACAAAGCAUCUACUUUCAUCACCGCAUUAUCCUGUCAGAAUGUUAGUUAUGAGGAUUCUACGCGAGGCUUUAUGGGUGGUACGAAAUUUUGAUGACCAGCUGUUACCUAUGGUUCAUCAAAACUGGGAAACACUGAUAAACAGAUUCCGUGAUGAAGAGUUGGAAGUCCGACAGGAAGCUAUCAAGGUCGUGGCUCAAAUGGUCCGAGUAUCCAAAACAUUCGUGUAUCGCCGAGUUCGUCAUCAACUAUGGCCACUAAUAGAAAAAUGGAUGCUUGAUGCAAGCAAUCACAAGUACUCUCCAACGUCUGCAGCGUACAAGUACCAGUUGUCCAUUUUGCAAAACAUUGCUGGUAUCUUUAUUGGAAUCGAUGCGUUUCCUGAAGAUAUGCAGCUAGUCCUGACGAUGUUGGAUGCAUACACUGGGAAAACGACUAGCCCUCAACUGAAGAAGGAAGCGGAAAACUCGAAAAAGCAGUUGGAGGAGUAUCUAGAGACAAAAAAGAGAGAAGAUGAGGAGAGAAAGGGCUUGAGAUGA